AUGGCUAAAUCUGCAGCAGUAACAUUAGCUUGUGGGGUCUAUGGUGCUAAAAUGACAUUAACUGAUAGGUGCAAGCAUGAAUUGGAAUGGUGGAUUACAAAUCUACCAAAUUCCACUCGUAAGAUUAUUCAUGGUAAACCAUUUGCUAUCAUUCAAUCUGAUGCUUCUACACAAGGAUGGGGGGCAGUCCGAGAGGGUACCUCUACAGGGGGUAGAUGGAGUACCAUUGAACAACAGGCACACAUCAAUGUGCUAGAACUCAAGGCAGCCUUUUUUGCCUUGAAAUCACUCUGUGUCAAUGACAGAGAUGGGCACAUUCAUUUGCAGCUUGAUAAUACAACUGCAGUUGCUUAUCUUAACAAAAUGGGGGGGACACAAUCUAGACCUCUCAACCAGUUAGCAGUUGAAAUCUGGCAGUGGUGCAUUGAAAGGAACAUUUGGAUCUCUGCAACUCAUAUAGCUGGCAAGGUUAAUGUUGAGGCAGAUAGAAUGUCUCGAGUAUUUCAUGAUAAGAAUGAGUGGAAGUUAAAUAAGCAAACAUUUCAGAACAUCUUAACAAAAUUUCCCAGCCUGGAAGUUGACUUGUUUGCAAGCCGAGUAAAUUUCCAACUUGCACAAUAUGUUGCAUGGCGACCAGAUCCUGGGUGUAUUGCAGUUGAUGCUUUUACAUUAAACUGGGAUACUAAGAUGUUUUAUGCCUUUCCACCAUUUAGUUUAGUUCCUUGUUGCUUGCAAAAGAUACUACAAGACCAAGCCUCAGGAGUACUAAUCGCUCCCUUCUGGCCGACCCAGGCCUGGUUUCCACAACUAUUACAGCUACUGUUCGAUCAACCAUGGAUCCUCGCACCAUCAACAAACCUCCUGCAGCACCCAGUUCAGUUGAUAUCACAUCCACUAGCCAAAACCCUUCGCCUGAUGGUUUGUCCUGUCUCCGGAAUCGCUUCGCGGCAGAUGACCUUUCAGAAGAAGUUACAGAUAUCAUUAUGUCAUCUUGGAGAACAGGUACCAAGAAACAAUAUUCCACCUACAUCCAAAAGUGGUUGGACUUUUGUCGUCAAAGGACGAUUGCUUGUCAUUCACCAACAAUGA